UUUUUCAACUCUUGCGCCUUGAGAUGAUGGUUUAGAUGACAUUAGGACAGCAAUAAACACUGUCAUUCUAAAAAGGCCAUUUUGGGGCAGGCUGUAUAUAAUAGGAUCUGCAGCAGGCGUUGCAGCAGAAGCACACGGUUGCUCAACUCUUCCUUAGCAACGAAGGACUCCUCAUACGGCACGAUGUUCCUACAGCGUCCUUUGGUUACAGCAGUGGGCGUCGUCCUGAUGUGCUGCUACGCCUCGGCUCAGUACCAGUACGGUUCGAGGGGCGUCGUCCAGGGCGGCGGAGGCAGGUUCACCUCAGGAGGCUUCGUCGGUGGCAGAGGCGGUGGCAGCACUGUUGUCAGACUUCCCAUCACUGCUUCAGGGGUUGUUCCCAACUACGCUGUUAACCCCAACCGGCCAGUGAGUUACAACGUCGUUCGCAUCCCGAAGGUGGCCAUGCACACUCUGCCCUCUACCGGCCCUGUUGGAGGCGUUCAUGUUGGGGGUGGCAAUUUCGGAGGCGGUCGUGUCGGAGGUGGCCAAUUUGGAGGCGGCCGUGUUGGUGGCACCUAUGGUUAAAAAACUAAUCGCGAGAUGAGUGAGCAAACUUUUAUUUCAAUU